AACCAAAACCAACCCACACUACCAUCAUCCGUCCAUCCAUCCAUCCAUCCAUCCGCUUGUCCCUCCCACCACCACCAACCAAAACCUCCAACCGCCGGGGUCGUUGCGCUCGCUCGCUUGCGCCGCCCCCCCGCCUCGCCGGCCGGCGACUCCGCCCCGUCCCCGCCCCGCGGCGAUGUCGUUCCACUACCCCGACCACGGCCUCACCAUGGACGCCGCGGCUGCUGCUGCUGCGGCGGCGGCCGCGGCCGCGGCCGCGUCGUCGCCGAACCCUAGCGGCUUCUCCCCCGGCGGCGUCGGCGGGGAGAGGGAGAAGGCCGCCAUCGCGGCGCACCCGCUCUACGAGCGCCUCCUGGAGGCGCACGUCGCCUGCCUCCGCGUCGCCACCCCCGUCGACCAGCUCCCCCGCAUCGACGCGCAGAUCGCCGCGCGGCCCCCGCCCCUCGCGGCCGCAGCUGGGGCCGCGGCCGCGGGAGGGCCAUCCGGCGGCGAGGAGCUCGACCUCUUCAUGACACAUUACGUGUUGCUCCUUUGCUCGUUCAAAGAACAACUCCAGCAGCAUGUACGUGUUCAUGCAAUGGAAGCAGUGAUGGGUUGUUGGGAGCUUGAACAAUCUUUACAAAGCCUCACAGGGGCAUCUCCUGGUGAAGGCACAGGAGCGACCAUGUCUGAUGAUGAAGAUAACCAGGUGGAUAGUGAGGCCAACAUGUUUGAUGGGAACGAAGGAUCAGAUGGUAUGGGCUUUGGCCCCCUGAUGCUGACAGAGGGUGAGCGAUCCUUGGUUGAACGUGUACGGCAGGAGCUUAAAAAUGAGCUUAAGCAGGGGUACAAAGAAAAGCUUGUUGAUAUCAGAGAAGAAAUUCUCCGCAAGCGCAGAGCUGGUAAACUCCCUGGGGAUACCGCAUCUAUAUUGAAAGCCUGGUGGCAGGCUCAUUCCAAGUGGCCAUACCCUACUGAAGACGACAAGGCUCGACUGGUGCAGGAAACAGGAUUACAGCUGAAGCAGAUCAACAACUGGUUCAUUAACCAGCGCAAACGGAACUGGCACAGCAACCCAACAUCCUCUGGUGAAAAGACCAAGAAGAAAAGGUGAUGACGACCGGCCCUGAGCAGUCUUGACGAAGCUAGACGUACACUAUACCUUAUUGCCAAGUACAUUCUCCCUCCCACUCUGUAGCCAACAAGUAUGGAGACCGACCUGUUCGGAGGGAACUUUAUGAAGUAAUGAAGAUAUGCGUCACCGGGGGACCUUAGCGGGUCACCUAAUGGCCCUAGUUUGACCACGUGGUGGAAGUGGGAGUUGGUAAUGACUUUGCAGUAUAGCAUUUGUGCUAAUGUGAUAUGUGGAUCAUGUGUUGUAUGACCGACGAAGAACGGGAGGGAGUAAGUUAUGUUGUAUUGUAAUUGCGUAUCCUACCAUGUAAUGAUAUUCUAGGGAGGAUUCCAAGAUUCAGAUUGGCCGUUUACAGUACUCUCCGGUGUUAAAGGUGCUGGUUCAAAGUUUACCUGAAGGGAAUGUAAUGGUUCAUACGUUGUACGCCA